CCACAGACAGAGCUCGUGGACAAAAUGCCUCUUUUUACCACUCGAGUUUUCCAUCCGCCAGGAACGCGAGGAUGGGAGGGGGACGACUGGUCGUUAACCAGGUCAAGUGGUGUCCUGGGACGCAUGCACGCACGUAUGAAUCCUAACGAGUCGCACCCCUCCCUCCGGUCCCUAGUCUUGCUCUUUAGGGUGUGCUGAACGACCGCGCGCAACGAGCAGAGGCUCCGCAUGCACUGCACCAUCAGUCAUCGUCGUCGUGGUGGUCAUCAUCAUCUUCUUCUUCUUCACAUCUAUUGACACAAUGUCUCGUUCCCCGAGCAACUGAAUCUUCGAGGAGGAAAAUUUUGAGUCAGACAGAGCUCGGGCGACUCGGGAGAUUCCUCUUUCUUCUUCGUUCGUGACUCGGGAGUCGAGUCCGUCGGUGGUGGGCCACCACCCUUCCCGACUUGCCCUGUCCCUGUCGUCCUGAUUAUCAGCAUCUGCAUCGCCACGCUGCAUGUGCAUGUGCAUGGCGUGAGAGAAGAAGCAGCACGAAGCCCGAAAAUUAUUUCGGCGGUCUCUUUGUGGUGGCUUCUUGCAAUUCUUUGAGACAGUGCUUCCAGACCAGCGAUUUCGAAAGAGCGCCCAGAAAUUUCCUUCCCCGAAGCUUUUGUAAGAGCUCCGAGCGUAUGGACCAACUACAGACCGGGGACAUUGAACUCAGGAACUAGUUUUCCUCGUGGUCGAGCGAAUGUCAACUCAUUUGAGGGCUACUAUUCUGCACGAGAGGCUUUGAAGUUGGUAUACGCGCUGGGCCACUCUUCCGCUUCACGAGCAGCCAGAAAAUGCCAAAUACUUCAGCACAAGUUGCAUCAGGAGACACAGAAACUUUCAACUCUGAUAUGCAAGAGUUUCCGAGCAGACCUGACAUGGCCUCGGCAAGCCCCUGGGGUUACACACAGGUUGGACAACCGGCAACUUUGAAGCAGGAGACGCUACAAUCUUCCCGCAAUGGUCGCCCGUCAGACGAGUCUCAGAUGUGGCAAACCCCUUUGUCAACUGAGUCUCUAUCAGCUCCCCAAAAUGAGGUAUCACUGCCAGAGAUGGUUGCACAUUUGGAGGUCGCCUUGAGAGCAUCUGAGCGUGCGAGGGAAGAGGGCUGCAACGAGAGUUCUGCUCUGCGGAGAUAUUUAUCGGAAGUUGAAGUUGCAGCUGCUGGACUGGUUGCUCGCGUUCACGAUCUCGAACAUCUUCUUACUCUCUCAACUGCGAGUCAUGAGAACAAGGAUCUGGAUCAGCUUCGUGGUCAGAUGCUUCUGGUAACAGCUAGAGAUGCUCGACAACACGCUAUUGCAGCAGCUCAAGCGAUAUCGACAGCCCGUCAAGCCACGAUGCAACUUGACCAGGUCAAAAGGGAAGCCUCAGCCUUAACAGCGUCCCAAGAAGAAGAGAUAAAAAAGCUUAGUGUGGAUCUGAAUCACUGCCACGACCUUUUGCAGAGAAAGGAUUCUCUGCUCAAAGAGAAGGAAAGAGAAGAGGAGAGACUGAUGUAUCUGGUGAAAGAAUUAGAGGGAGCUUUGAAUUCUUCACAGCUCGAGGUUGCAGCUUACAGAAAACGAAUCGAGGUCAUGAAUAACGAAGCUGAGGAAAAAGCGACGCGGUUUCAAGAUCUGCUAGAUUCACUGGAAUUCUCUAGAGCAUCUGCACGUGCAUCUGAACACCAUUUGCAGGAGGCUCGAAUCCAAAAGAAAGACACAGCUAUCCAGAAUGAGCUAUUGCAGCAUAAGGUUGCCGAACUCGAAAGUCGGGAGGUGCAAACGACAAUUGCUCAUUAUGAUCUUGAGCUUUGCAAAGUUCGAACUCUUUUAGAAGGGGAGAAAACUCAUCUUUUAAUGGAACUGGCAAAACUUCGUCAAGGUAAUCGAAGCUUAAAAGGAGAAGUAGCAGAGUGGCGGGGCAGGUACAAUACUGUGCUCAAACAAACCAACUUGAAGAGUGGUGAAGAUCUGGUACCUACAACCUUCGAACCAGCUGAAAUCUCCUGCGCCAAACUCAGAAAGUUCUUUUCAGUGGAUUGCUUUGAUGAUGAAACAUACUUGGUCCCAGAUUCAACGAAGAGAAUGUCGAAGGAAGAAAAUAUUUGCAGUGGAAUGGCUCCAACGAACGAAGUAACAAAUCGCUCAGAACUACAGAAUACACAAGAUGGCCCACAUAAUUACAUUGUUAGAUAUGAUGAAGGCCGUUUGGAUACAAAAGAUUGUCUUAGAGGAGGAGAACACAGCACUCAAGAGAAAAUGAACGGGUGGAGAGUCAAAACUCAGGACAGGAAAGAGAAUGGAGAUGACCUGCUUCUCCUAUCAGACAGAAUAGAGGAUGGUCGUUACCGUAACUCGGAAUGGGGAGGUUCUUCAUGCACAGACAACCAACUACGUCUGAUAGAGAACAUGGAAUAUCAAAAUGGACGAGUACGUCUUGAUGAUAGAAGAGAACUUGACGAUGACGAGGUGUGUACAUCAGGAAGGCAAUUAGAACCCGAAUUGCAGGCAACCAACACUGUGGUAACAAGGGAAAAGUCCUUUGACUACGGGAGCCUUUCGGCGGCAGAAGCCAAGACGAAAAACGAAAGAAAAUUACGUUCAGUAUCAUUUCUAGAUCAACUGAUGUAUGGCCCCGAUAAUGGCACCCUCGCUCUUCAAGAUGAAACCUGUUUUGAGAUGGGAGAAAACCUUCUGUCAGUGGCUCAUAGAGAACUGGUUAAACUGAAACGGAUAAACCAGCAGCUAGUGGCCGCAUGUCAGUGACGCAAGAAUGAUUAAUUUAAGGAGAAGGAAUUAUUCGGGCUAUCAGGGCAAGCGUGGCGAUUCUGGAUGCAUACCUUUUUCGGCUAGCCUGAGGCUUUUUGGACCCAUCAUCUUCUUUCUGCUACAAGUUGUUUCUCGCCAGGCUUCACGAAAGAGAAGCAAUAUGGAGCGAGAUUUUAACGAUAUGAUAUACGAAGGACUGAAAUAUCUGGAAUCAAGGCUGGAUUGAGAGACAUUGAAUGUCGAAUUGCUCUCCCAUCGACUCUGCUUUCUAUCCAUCUGAGUAACGCUAAGUUUCAACAGAUAUUACGUAAGAAGCAGCAACACUCUUUGAACAAUGACGACAAUCUGCAUUGAUAUCAGCUAGUUCUCCGUAUUCUGGACCUUUUGUAACCUACCCCAACGUGGAAACACUAAUGUGAAUACAGCAUUACGAGAACAGGUUGGAUCCAGUGGUAACGGACAGGAAACUAAGAACCCUGAGUAAUGUCGAUGAAAAUGUUUGGUUGCGACUUAAAUUGCCAGCAUUUUGAAGGUUACAAAUCAAGGAUGAUCUCGCCGAACAUCGUCUGCACCAUGUUGUCUCACCACAUUGAUAUUCGUUUGAGGAAACCACAUUCAGGCCAGGUCUCCUUCGAGCCGCAAUUCAUACAUCACGAAUAUCUCACCAUUUUGAAAAUCAUUGGUCGAAGCCGAGCUUCGCGCAUUUCGCCUUGGUCUCCUCGACAGCGACUACUCAAGCUGUGGACGCCCUCUAUUUGCUAUCUUCUUCUUCGGUUCGCCACACACUUCGAGUCACUACGUGCAUGUCAUGUGCGUACAUUGGAGAUUUAAUACUGGAUACAUGGAACCAUGUAUCAUGUCCC